CAGAAUUUGGUGGACAAGUUAUCUGUACUUGUCUGAUCAGAUCGACUGCAAACAGAAAAAGAGGAAUACUGUAUGGUGUCUUCUGCUGCAUCACGCAAUUGAAGUACAUGCGCGCACAUUUGACAACUUGCAUUGGUUUGAAUGAGGCAAAUUCAGGGGCGAAUUAAAAAUACGUUAAAAUAAUGGAUAGGAACAGCAAUGCAUUCAAUUCCCUGAGACCGUUGUGUGUGGUGCUGAUGAAAGAACAGACAUUGGAAAGCAUCCAGGCUGUAGCAAAGUACAUCAAAGAUGUAGAUAAUGAGAGUCUUCAAUCAUUGCAACAAUACAUCUUAUUUCCUCUCAGGAUCCUUCUCAAGAACCAAACAAAUCUGUCUAGUGCAGUAUGUGAAGCGGGUGUACUAUGCAUGCAAUGUAUUAUAGAGAAGACAACUCUGGACAAUUGGGAUAUGUUCUCUGAUAUAUUCACAGCACUAUGUAUUGCAAUCAGCUCUAAACAAGCUCAUGGCCAAGCCUCAGACUGUUCAGAGGAGUUUAAGCUAUCCGUAGUCAAGGCAUUAACAGCUAUGCACAGAUCUGCUAAUCCAUCGAUUAUGUUACAACUAAUGUCAGCGGAGUCUUUACCAAUGUUAGGACAUUGCAUGUCUCUUCUUCUUCAUCUAUCCCAAGCUGAGAAAAUGAAAGAACUUCAAGCUGCUGCUUUAAAAUGUCUUACUAACUUCGUGCCAGAUGAUGAUAAAUCAUUGGUAUACAGAGAAGCUAGUAAAUCCUUUGCAUCCUUCUUACCUGGUCUCUCAGUAGCCGUUAGCAGAGUGAUAUUAGACAAUCCAAAUCAAGUUCAGAGUGUAACAGUGAAUGCAAUUGAAUGCUGGUCCAAACAUGUUGCCAUGGUGAUGGAUGAUAGAUUCCUACCUCUUGACAAAGACGAGAGAACUGAGGAUGUAUUAAAUGAUCAAUCUCUACUAGUAACUAAGACACAGGAUUGGAUCAGUCAAACUACAUCCAAACUAGACAUUCUAAUCUCAAAGAUUGUUACCAUGGUAACAAGUAGAAGCUGGAGAGUGAGGCUUGCUCUAGUAAAGUUUGCAGAAACCAUCAUCAUCCAAUCAAAGAGGUCUAUGUCAUGCAGUUUGGGUAAGCUGUUAGAGGUAUUAGUCAUGUUAGCCCAAGACCCAUAUGAUGAGGUAUCUAUUCCUAGUCAGGUCAUACUCAGGUCAUUAGCUAAGGAAUCAUGGAGUGGUGAGAGCAAAAUGCUUUGUGAAUUACUUGAGGACAACCUUCAUCUUCUCAUCACUCAACUCCCAAGGAUUAUCAGAAUAACCGAUGAUGACGAGAAAUUAUCGAAAGUAAAAGCCAUGAUUGGAUAUGUGAAGCUCCUUGGUGAUCGUUUGGACUUGCUUCUCAACUCAGCUCAUCAUCUUAAAAGAUUAUCCCUUGCUUUGUUACAAGCUUUACAACUCAAUAUUAGAGAUACAGGAAUCUUAGAAACCACAACAGAACUUAGUGAGGUGAGGAGCAGUCAUUUAAGAAAUUUCACACAUUUCUCUGACAAUGAGAUCUAUGAAGGUAUAUUUGAUCUCUGCCAACUUUUAGGCCGCUAUGGGAAUGUGUCUCUUCUGAUUGAUAACUUCUUGAUGUAUUUCCAUGAGAAUCCAUCAUAUAUGAAAGAAUCAACUAUGAUCAUGAGUGAGAUCAUGAAAGGAACUCUACUUAUUUCUACCAAUCAUCAACUAUCUAUCUGGCAAGAGAAGGAAACAAACAAAGAUGAAUUGAAAUCAAUCGUCAGCUUGUUACUUGAUGAGUACUUGUCGUCUUCUUGCUGGGAUGUUCCUACUUGCCAAUCAUCAUUGUCAUGGCAACCUGCUACUAAUUUGAUAUUGAGCCAUUCAUCUAAUGAUUCCUUGAGUGUAUCCCAGAUGAAUCAUAAUACUCUUCUCAAAUGUCUUCUUUUGGAUGGUAUCGCAGUCUGUGCUCAGGUUUUAGGUGCUGAGUUUAAUCAAUUUUUGAUGCAUUGCCUCUAUCCAGUACUUGAAAGAAUGGCAGAUGAAAGGAGUCUGGUUUGCUACCAUGCCAAUACAACCCUAGCUAUCAUCUCACAGGCCUGUGAAUAUAGUUCAGUGAGUAAGCUGUUACUGAUGAAUGUAGACUACUUGACUGAUUCUGUAUCAGCUAGACUAAGACAUUAUGAAUGGAAUCCUAAAGCACCAUUAGUUCUCAAGGUCACCUUGCAACACAGCACAUGUGAUAUACUACCAUUGCUUCAGGAUACCAUUCAAGAGGUAUUUCAUCUCAUGGAUGAGCAUCAUUUGGAUCAGGCAACCUCUUUAAUGAGUGUUCUUGAGUCUCUUAUAUCAUCAAUCAAUAGAUGGUAUCCUAGUCAAGACAGUCAAUGUAAAGAGGUACCAAGCUGUGAAAGCGAUGAAGUGAGUUCUAUCAUGGCCUUCUACAAUGAUUAUAUCAAGACUUUGAAUAAAGCUGAGGAAGAUCUGGCAAACCUUGAUGAUGUAAAGAAUCUAAACACGAACACAGAUGAAGAUAUAUUGAUGGAUGAACCUGAUAAACCCAAACAACUACCUCUUCAUAUUGAGAAUGUUAAACAGGUAUUAAAUCACUGUGUUCAUGUGAUGUCUUCAUCAAACCCACGCCUAAGACUUCAGGUUCUAACUACUGUCCAAUCAGGUGUACAGUCUCUGCAUCAACACAAAGAUGUGUUAUUACCUCUUGUGCACAAACUGUGGCCAUCUUUUGUGUUAAGGUUUACUGAUCAAGAGACGCUUGUCACAUGUAAGGCGUUUGAGACUCUUCUCAUUUUAGCUGAAAGAGCAAGGGAUUUUAUUCGCAGGAGAGUUGUGAAAGAUAUCUGGCCCAAGCUUACAUAUUUCCUACAAACACAAGCAUCUGUCAGUUUGAAAGCUGGAUCAAGUUAUCUCCAUACAGCUUACUACAAAUUACAGCAUUCCAUUCUAUCUGGAAUUGGUCAGUUAUGUUUACAGGUUGAUGUCUGUGAUGCUGACCUACUAUUAAUGGUUGAAGCUUGUAUUCCAUAUCUUAAUACAUGUCAACCAUUGGUAUUACAAGAGGUUUGUAUGUCAACAUUUGAUAGUUUUAUUAGACUUGAUCCUGAUGCUGUUUGGUUGAGUCUUCAAGACGUUAAUAGUUCAUCAAUGUUACAACCACCUCAUCCAUGUUUUCAUUAUAUUAAGUUUGGCAGUGAAUCAUCAAAAUCACAUGAGUGGAGCAAUAUUGACAAACUUCUUGGAAAACAAUGAAAGCAAGUACUCCUACUGCAAUGGUCAAUACAGAGGUACAGGUUUCUUAGAAAAAAAAAGCAAACCAAGUAUCCAAAUUUUUUUUUUCCUACUUCAGAAAACUAUGUUUUUCCAUUUAUUUUUCCAUUUAUAACUAGAUUUUUUAUCUAUCUUGAAACCUUUUUUUUAUGUUUGGAGUUUCAAACUUAGAUCAAGCUCAAAAGCAUUAUUUGUUGUUCCCUCUGUCUUUACAAAGUCAUACAUGUAUGGUGAGCGUGCUUUUACUCAUGCCUCUGCUGUCCUCUGGAAUGCUUUACCGAAUUCAGUGAGAUAUCAAAGUGAUUUAUGUACAUUCAGGAGAUCCCUCAAAGCAUAUCUUUUCAAUGCAUAAAAUACCAACUUUGAACUAAUGAUCCAAUCUAAAAAUCUUGAUUACUUUAUUCUUACCUUUCACUAUUUCUUCCUUAAGCGCAUAAGGACAUGCUAUUCUAUGUGUGAUGCGCUAUACAAGAAAUGAGCAUUAUUAUUAUUAUUAUUAAUUUUAAAACAACAAUGCACAGGAAUAUUGGUCAAGAUCUGUUAACUUUUUGCCUGCCAUUCUUCUUGUGCCACAUUAUUUUAAGAUGCAUUCUUGGUUUUGCAUUGACUUUGCUAAUUCAACCAGGGGUGUGAGAGUUUAGAUUUUUUUUGUUUUGAUUUUCAGCUUAA